AGCUGUCAAGUGCCUUCAGCCCGUGUUUGUGUCCCGGAGUGACAGAUUGAGCUAAUGACUUCCUCACCAGCGGAACAAACUGCCCAUUUCUCCUCCAAGGUGAUGGCUCAGCAGGCGUCAAAGGGGCGGCACUACCUGCGGGCGUUCGUUAGCGGUUUCUUUGUCGCUGUGCCCGUCACAGUCACCGUCCUUGAUCGAUUCGCCUACGUGGCUCGAGUGGAGGGGGCGUCGAUGCAGCCGUUCUUGAACCCAGAGGGGGGGUCGGACUGUGACGUGGUCCUGCUGAACCGCUGGAGUGUGAGGAAGUACCAGGUCCAGCGAGGCGACAUCGUCUCCGUCCUGUCCCCGAGGAACCCCCAGCAGAAGAUCAUCAAGCGGGUCAUUGGCCUGGAGGGAGACUUCAUCAGGACUCUGGGAUAUAAGAACCGGUACGUGCGAGUCCCUGACGGUCACUUCUGGAUCGAGGGCGAUCAUCACGGACACAGUUUGGACAGCAACAGCUUCGGACCGGUGUCUGUGGGGCUGCUUCAUGGCCGGGCGUCUCACAUCAUCUGGCCUCCGAGUCGCUGGCAGCAAAUCAAACCGUGUCUCCCUCCGAACCGAGGACCGCUGGACACGGAGGAAGAGGAUGGAUGAAGACACAGCCAGAUGAAGAUUCUGGAGAGUUCAUCAGAGAUCUCGUUUGUGUGAAUUUAUUAUUUUUGAACGUUCAGAUUAGCAGACAGACUCGUUGAUCUGCUGGUCACAUUUUUCCACUGUCAUCACUGAAGUGAAAAAAAAAUGUUUUUUUGUGUUGAGUGAUUUUUGCCAAAGUCGGCUCAUUAGCAGUGACAUGAACAUUUUUAUAGGAGCAGCAACAAAUCUGCAGGUGAAGACCUCCAUCCAAAGCAACAGGUGGAUUUCACUACUUUCAUAUUUUGUUAGUUUUGUGCAAAAUUCAAAGUUUCCUGUGAUUUCAUCGACAAUAUUGUGUGUUUUCUGCUUUGUUAUGUUUCAUGUCUUUGUAAAUGGAACAUGUUUGGCUUUGGAUUUUUGGUCAAUAAAAAAAAAGAC